AUGCCUAGUCACGUCCCUGCUUGGAAGAAAAUUGCUAUCAAAAAAUCUCAGGCCAAUUCCGAAACUAAUGAUGGCAAAAAGGACAAUUUAAUUGAUAAUGAUCCAUUAAAUGUUACAACACAUUUGGCAUCUGGUUCAUUGACCAGAAAGGAAAAGAAGAGAAUACUGCGUGGUGAACCAGAAUCAAGUUCUAAAAGAAAAAAAGUACCAAAAACAAGCAAGCCAAUUAAGAAGGAAAAAUUAUCAAAAGAAGAAAGACAGUCGAAUAAAAGCAAAGUUCUAAGAGACCAAUUAAGAUAUCUUAUUGAAUUCUUUCUAGAAAAAAUUGACACACAAUUACCAGAAGAACUGUUAAAUUUAGAAAAUGUUAAAUUUUACUAUGGUGAUAUAGAUAGCAAAAAUUUGAAGAAAGAUAAUGAAGAUGAUACUGAAAAAGUUAUUGAUGUUUGGAAAUUUUCAAAACAAAAGCAAAACUGGUUAAUAAAGCAUUUUUUAGUUUUGGAUGAAAUAUCUGAAGAAUACGACAGUUUACUAAUUUCAUAUUUUAAAGAUUUAAAAGGUGGAUCAAAAAUGGAGUUAUAUAAGAAAUCUUUAAAAAUCUGUCAAUCAUGGAAUGAUUAUACAAAAGACCAGCAAAGAAAGAUAGAAGAAAUGAUUAAUAAUUCUGAUAAAGAAAGCAACGAAAAGGAUUCUGGAAAAGAAGAACCAACCGAUGACAAGAAUGCUACAGAUAAAACCGAACAAGAAAAGGAAGAAACUAAAGAAGAAGAAUUACCGAUGCCAAAUAAAUAUCUUGUACAUAGAUGCAAGAAGCUAAUUGAUGAAUGGGUCUCCCAGGAUGAAUCGGGUGAGAUUAAGGCUUUUGACCUAAAUAAUUUUAAGUUGGAUUAA